AUGGAAGACGCGACUGCUACCCUGGCUACGAUAGCCACAUCCACCUUGAUCGCUGCUACGGCCAAUCUCGCCUCUUACGGUACCGCCUCUCCGACGCCAUCAGACAUGCACACAUUAUAUUAUCAUGGAUCAACCUCGGGAGAGGAUCCAGACGAGGGAGGGGGGAAUGCAAGUUGCUUGGUUGCGCUCGGAGGACUUGCGCUAUUAUCUCUGGUCUUCAAGAGAUGGAGAGAACGGCCCCAGCGACCACUCAAGGUGUGGGCCUUUGAUGUAUCAAAGCAGGUUUUCGGGUCGGUGAUGCUUCACAUGGCAAACCUGCUCAUGUCUAUGUUUUCUGCUGGCCAGCUUGAGAUACAGAAGCAGUAUAAGCCGAAUCCCUGCUCGUUCUACCUGCUGAACCUGGGUAUUGAUACUACUCUCGGUAUCCCGAUUCUGAUUCUGAUUCUCCGCGUUCUCAACUAUCUCGCCUCCUACACAAUACUCGCCAACCCGCCAGAAUCAAUAGAGUCAGGAAACUAUGGUCACCCUCCGCGCGCCACAUGGUGGCUCAAACAGUCCAUUGUCUACUUUAUGGGACUAUUCGGCAUGAAGAUAUGUGUAUUCUUCAUCAUUCAGCUCUUGCCUUUCAUCGUCAAGUUUGGCGACUGGGCGUUGCGAUGGACAGAGGGAAACACAGCCGUUCAAAUCUUCUUCGUGAUGCUUCUUUUCCCAGUCAUCAUGAAUGCGAUUCAAUACUACAUCAUUGACAUAUUCAUCAAGAAACCGAUCUCACAUGGCAUGUACACGACCGACGGCAUGAGUGGAGAUUCGACCGCUGCCGACGAUGCUCAGCGCCGGGAGGCCCUCCUCGAUGGCCUGGACGAGUCAUAUUCAACUGACUCAGAUGACGAGUCGCCAAUACUGUCUAAACCAAAGGCUACUGUGCAUAGUGUGAAGGAGUCGGAGGACCAGCUUACAGAGGAUCAAUCAUCUGUUCCUCCAUAUGAACCUACCAGCUCGAGUAGUAGUCGUGUCGACCCUGACUCAAAACCUAGUGUUACACACCAUUGA